UCGAACUAUGUCGUAUACAAAUUUUAUCGUCGCGAUCCGUCGUAACAAAUUUUAGCGUGGUCGUGAAAUGAAUUCCAUGAUUUUCAUUGAAGACUUCUUACCCCAGGUGUUAGCACCAGUUACUUUUCCUGACGAAGAUAGAUAAUAUAGCACACAAAGUGCAAAAAUAUUUUUUUUCGUGUCGCACAAGCUUCAGCAAAGCAUCUGUCCGACUAUCGCUAUUGCAAGUCGUCUUGUCGACAGCAAUUCAUUACCACGACGCGCAAGGGGCGAGGGAGGCGGGAACGACUUCUAAGUAUCUCCUUGGUAGAAGCAGCCUAAAGAACUGGAACACUCCUUGAUGAUGUCGGUCGUGCAGAUGGUCUUGUGCCUUACGACCAUUUUGCCUCUAGCAACGUUUUGAAAAGGAAAGCCAGCACUAUGUGGUCCUCGUCUAGUGGGAACAGCGCCGUUGUUGGGGUCGGGCCGCUUGACCCCGCCUCUACUGCGAUGUCCCCUGCAGCACACGCACCGAGUGCACCACAGCCCUCAGGGGAACCGAGAGCUCCUGUUCUUGCACCGCAACUCCUACCAGAAGUGGGCGGUUGUUGUACCAGGCAGACACAGAAUCUUGACGAUAACGACGGCGGCAGCGAGGAUGAUCAUGAUCAAGAUGUUCACAUGAGGACCGUCAGUAACUCGGAACAAUCAUCGUCCGCGGACUCGUCGUGUAGUGGUUCGCCUUAUCUCCCGCUUGAGCUCUGUCGGGAGAUAGCAGAUUUCGCAGCUCCGCUGGCCGACACGAUCGCGCUGGUCAGCAAGGACUGGCACGCGGGCGCGAAACACCUCCGGGAAACCAAAACCUGCCUGCUCUGCGGCGACAAGUUCCGCGAGUGCGACCAGGCGGUGGGGUUGGGCGAAAAGAAAUCGCUGCUCGAUCGGGCGGGGAAGGGCUGCUUGUACCACCCGGGGCGCAUCCAGCAAUGGGACUGGGACGGCGAUCUGCAGCCGGGGUUUCAGUGGAGCUGCUGCAAGGCCUUCUGUUUCGACGAAAAUGGCUACGAAAGGGGCUUGCACCAGUACAACGAAGACGAACUGCGAAAACGAACCGCCCUCAUCGUCGGCUGCACGGCGCGUAAGCACCGAGCCAAGGCGCCGAAGAGAUCCCGGUCUUUGGCAAACUACGCGUGGUCGGCGACCGUCGCGUGUGGAGAGAAUCUCUUCGAGCGCGCGGAUUUGUUCUCAACAUCACACUCCAAAAGCGGGUCGGGAUCGUCUCCCCCUGGAGGUGCGGUAUACAAAGAUGUUGAGUAAUAUGUUCAGAAUUUGUUGAUUUUAUUCUUGUUAGUUCCCACACACAUUCCUGACGUUCUUCCUUUUGUACAAUAAUUCGAUGCACUGCAAAUAAUAGCAAUUGGUUUUGAGUGUCAAUGUUAUGGUUUCACCUCACUUUCUCUUUCACUGUCACUACUUGAUGUACAAAAAACAAAAUGACAAUUCACGUGGUUCACAACAAACAACGUUGGUUGUUUUGACAUUCGUGUUUCUUUGUACCAAAAGACUUGUCGCAGGGUCUAUACUGCCACCAGAUUCUUGUUCUACAAGAAGCAGCUGCAUCUUUCACUCAGCAUCGCAUUGCCACUCUAGUGAAGUUAGUUUCGUCGUGAUAAGUGCACCUGCCGCAGUGCUCUUCUACCUGAAUGAUUAUGAUUUACGAAAGUCAUGGUAAACACUGCCACUGCACUGCACGCACGGCCACAGCUUUGCAGCUUGAUAAGCAAGAGCAUACGAUUUC